GAUAACCUUUUUUUUUUAUUUGUUAGUAAUAUUGAAAUAUAAUUUAUUUGAUGGUGUAAAUUGCCCCUAAAACUAUGUAGAGUUGUCUGAAUUGGUAAGAGGAACACAGUGAAUUCGGCGUUAUUUUUGAGAUUAGCUUUGACUCAGCUUGUUAUUGAUUUAUUUGAUGCACAAGACACAUGUUCUUCUUUUUUCCUUCUCUUAAAUCAGCGUCAAAAUCCACUUCCAUUUUCCUUCUUAUCAAAGAAAACAAAAAGAAAACAAGAACAUAAGUGAAGAUGCACAGGUCUGCAAGCUGGAACAGGUUCUCUGAUGAUUACUUCAAGCAUUCAGCAAUAACUCUGUCUCCAGGGCACAGAUCAUACUCUGUUUUUGACACCACCACUUUGCCAACGUAUGAUCCCAUUGCUGAGUUGGCAAAGAAGGAGAAAGCACGUGUCAAGUUUGCAGAGAAUGCAGUUCAUGUUAUCCCUUUUGUCCUCCUUGUUUGUGCCCUCGCUCUUUGGCUCUUCUCAAACCCAGAUGUGGGAAUGAUAGGAGAUCCAAUUGGAAGAAGCAUUGAAGGAAUGAGUCUUGAAGGAGAAAUUGAAAAUGACAGCGAUGGUACUCAAACGGGCUUCUUACCUAUUGUCAACCCAGAUGACAUUUCCACAAAAGAUUUUGCAGCUGAUAAACUUUCCAUUCAUCUAAAAAACUUUAAGUAAAUUAUAUGCUUCAGUUAAAAAUUGAAGUGCAAGUACUUCUACAAAUCUACAAGGCAAUUCUAAGCUCAAAUUUUUAACUAUUUCCCACUUUGUAUUAUUCUCUGUUAGAACUUAGAAGCAA